GUUAUCUUCUUCUCUCCUCUUAUUAUGCAGCAAAAAAAAGUUGUCUUCAAUUCUGUUAUUUGAAAUAUUUGAGAUCAUAUUUCUAUUGGUGGUGCAAAAGCAUGAUGGAUGAUGGUUCUGCAGAGCGGCGUGGCAACUUUAUUGGUGAUGAUCAAGUAGCUCCUCCUCCUCCAUCACUGAGUGCUGGGGAGACCACUGAUAUUCAUAACUCUGACGCCACUCAUGACCAGAAACUGAGGACCACAGAGAAUAGGCAAGGUUCCAUUGCAAUGGGAGAGUGCAAUGGUGAUCGAUAUGUUUCAGUGGGUGAAGUGGAUUCCCCUAGGGUAGAUAACUUCAAGAAGGUCUCACUUCUGCCCCUUGUCUUCCUCAUCUUCUAUGAGGUUUCUGGGGGACCAUUUGGUGUUGAGGAUAGUGUCCAGGCUGCUGGCCCCCUUCUAGCCCUUCUCGGAUUCUUGGUCUUUCCACUCAUUUGGAGUGUUCCUGAGGCCUUAAUUACCGCAGAGAUGGGUACCAUGUUCCCUGAGGCUGGCGGUUAUGUAGUUUGGGUUUCGUCGGCUUUGGGUCCCUAUUGGGGGUUCCAGCAGGGCUGGAUGAAAUGGCUAAGUGGGGUUAUUGAUAAUGCUCUGUACCCAGUUCUGUUUCUGGACUAUUUGAAGUCGGGGAUCCCGGCUUUAGGUGGUGGCCUUCCAAGAAUCAUAGCCGUGUUGGUUUUGACGUUGGUGCUCACUUACAUGAACUAUAGGGGUUUAGCCAUUGUGGGAUGGGCUGCUGUUCUUUUAGGGGUUUUCUCACUCACUCCUUUUGUGGUUAUGGGACUUGUGGCAAUUCCCAAGUUGCAGCCUUCGAGAUGGUUAGUGGUAAAUCUACACAGUGUGGACUGGAAUUUGUAUUUGAACACUCUCUUUUGGAAUCUGAACUAUUGGGACUCGAUAAGUACACUUGCCGGGGAGGUAGAAAACCCAAAGAAAACUCUACCAAAGGCUCUGUUUUGUGCCUUGAUUUUGGUUGUUGUUGGGUAUUUGUUCCCUCUUCUAACUGGUACUGGGGCUGUUCCCCUCAACCGAGAGUUGUGGACUGAUGGAUACUUCUCAGAUAUUGCUAAAAUUAUUGGGGGAGUUUGGUUGAGAUGGUGGAUCCAAGGGGCUGCGGCAAUGUCAAAUAUGGGGAUGUUUGUGGCUGAAAUGAGCAGUGACUCCUUCCAACUUCUUGGGAUGGCCGAACGAGGCAUGCUGCCUGAGUUUUUCGCUAAAAGGUCUCGCUAUGGAACCCCAGUGAUCGGCAUUUUGUUCUCAGCUUCUGGAGUCCUUUUUCUAUCUUGGCUGAGCUUUCAAGAGAUUGUAGCUGCAGAAAACUUCUUGUACUGUUUUGGAAUGAUUCUAGAGUUCCUAUCAUUUAUACGUUUAAGAGUGAAGUACCCGGCAGCAUCUCGGCCUUACAAGAUACCUGUUGGAACAGUUGGAGCCAUUCUUUUGUGCAUUCCUCCAACCAUACUGAUUUGUACAGUAUUGGCUUUUUCUACUCUCAAGGUGGUGGUUGUGAGCGGCGGAGCCAUUAUGAUCGGCCUUGUGAUGCAGCCAUGUCUUAUGCAUGCGGAGAAAAAGAAGUGGAUCAAGUUUUCGACCAGCACUGACCUCCCAGAUCUUCAUGGUGCUAAUCAGGGGAGUGUCAACUCCUUAGUAGAUUAGUAAGUCCUCAAACAUGGAAAGGCAAAUGUACUUUCACUACUGUUGUGUUCAUCUCCCAAGGCAGAAAGGUUAGCUUUGCUCGUGUUCAUGUUGGUGUAUCUGAUCAAGAAGUUUGUAUCUGAUAAAAAAGAAUCAUAGUUUAGUUUGUAAAAUAAAAACAACUAUCAGGGCCUCCAAAAUAUGUAAAUAUAAGAUCGAACAAAGCCACAUACCAAUUUUAUUACAAGCAAUUUAAUGUGAAAAUUUUGCGGCUUUAAGCA